AUGGCUGUUUUAUCAAUUAUUUAUAUAUUUUUUAUAAAACUAGCCGUAUGUAAUGUAUAUAAUCAAUAUUCGAAUGUAAGCGUGUUAGAUUCUGAAGGUUUUGAUGCGCUUCUUCAAUCGGAAGGCACCUUUUUGUGUCAGUUCUACAGUGAAAAUAACAAGAAAGCUAAUGAUUUUGCCAGCGAUUUCAGUAAAUUAUCAGAUAUAUUUUAUGGAAUAAUCAAAGUGGUUGCUACUAGUGACAACUUUUUAGUCAAUAAGCACGGUGGCAACACAUUGCCUUCACUCAAGCUAUUUAUAAAAGUCAAAAAUUCACCUCACAAAGUAGUACCGUAUAUGGGCAAAAAGGAUGUAGAUUCUGUUGCAGCAUUUUUGAGAAAGCAACUAGGAACAUUAAUAAGUAGUAGACUAGGCACUCAGAAAACAGUAAAAAAUGAAGUAAUUACAUUAACUGAUGUUACAUUUAAUCAAAGACUACUAAAAGACAUCGACUCUGUUUGGUUCGUUAUGUUUUACGCCCCUUGGUGUGGGCACUGCAAAGCUCUCAAACCAACAUGGGAUUCACUAGCUUCAAAACUGGGAAACAAAGUAAAAGUGGCAAAAGUUGAUUGCACAACUGAGACAAACAUUGCACAACAGCUAAAAAUACAGGGUUAUCCGACACUAAUAUUAUUCGAAUCUGGGACCAAAAACAUAACAAGUGGCAAACAUUACCAGGGACAACGUACAUUAGCUGAAUUGGAAAGUUUUGCACUAUCGUUUAAACGGAUGAUCCCAGUGGUUCAACUGCUUAAUAAUGAUAUGUUUAUGGAUUCCUGCAAUUCUACAUUGUGCAUAAUAUCUUUCCUACCACACAUACUGGACAGUAGUAUUGCAGAGAGGAAGAAACAAAUUGAAGUUAUUAAAAAAGCUUCAAUGAUCGGAACUGACGCGCCUAUAUCAUUAUUGUGGUCUCAGGGCGGUGAUCAAUACGAUCUAGAAAUGUCACUUAAUUUAUCAUUCGGUUAUCCAGCAAUUGUGGCUUUGAGGAUGGACAAGGAAUUAUAUGUAAUAUAUAAGGGACCAUACACAGAGGAUUCAGUUAGAAAAUUUAUAAGCGGGCUGACGGUCAAAAUAAGCGGGGCUCAAGCCAUUCCCAAUCUUAAACCACUAAUAACAGUUGAUCCAUGGGAUGAAUCUGAUAAUAUUGGUACUAGAACGGAACUUUAA